CAUGGCCACAGAAAAGUCGGCGCUGCUUGUGCGUGGAGCCAAGCCCACGAAGGAGGAGGCGCUGGAAGCCGCCGCGACGGAAGGGGACCUGAAGAAGCUCGAGAUGCAGCACUUGAUCAACACCAAGGACGCGUGGACGUGGUACCGGUUGGCGUGCAUGUUCCGGUUCGCGUACAUGGCGUUUCUCGUGCUCAUGGUGAUCGUGAUGUUCUCGUUCUCGACGCUGAUGGAGGUGUUCUUCUCCGUGUUCCUCCCGUCGGCACAAGUCGCGCCGGGCUUUGUCGUGCGGUGCAUCGUGUUCCUGGGUCUCCUGCCGUUCUUGAUCAUCUGGCUCUCGUACGUGUUCGAGGAGUCGUGCCGUCUCUUCAUGGACACCCUCAACAGCUCGGAAGGAAGUCUCCCCAACUUCCGUCUCAGUGUCGCCGUCGUCAUCCAUUACAUCCGCCACCACAAGCAAAUGCCCGAGGACGGCGUUGGUCGCGCCAUCACGUAUGACCCGUACAAGGACGACAAACCCGAGUCGACCGACCCGACGCCGCCCCCACAAGCCGUCCAAAUGGAGACCGAGCACCUGAUCAUGCAUCCCAAGCGUCGGUGGCAGCUGGCGAUCCGAAAGGUCAUCGCGCGCACCAACGCCGUGAUCGUGUUCGGGACGACCGCGUACGACGGCCCUCCCAUCGACUACAGCACGUUUGUCCUCGUCGACUUGUUGUGUCCAGUGUUGUUUGAGAUCACGACCUUGACUGGGUUCAUAUCCGAGCUCGUGGCGACGCAAUCCGUCAACGAAGCGUUCUACCGGUACCUCCGCGUGGGGUUCUUCACGAUGGGGUUCUACUUGUUUGUGUGGAUGGUGUGUCACUGGUACAGCAGCCGCAACAGCCGCAUGCGGGAGCUCGUGGCCAACUACCACCGUACCCGUCGUGCCUUGGAGAAGAAGAUCUCGAUCAUCAUCCACGAAGAAACGUUCAAGAGCUUUUGGCUGCUGGAUCUGGGAUUCCGCGUAAGUCACACGGUGAAGCGCGCGGUGGAGAAGGCGCCGGCAUGGUGCUGCUGCUGCUUCCAAUCCGAGAAAGCCACCUCUGCCGACAAUAACAACGACAACCAUGGGUACCAUGUCCAGCUGGAGCCGUCGGCGUUUGAACGAUGGCACAAGCCCCACACAGACGCCAUCUUUAACCCGUGGAAGCGCUUGUCAUUGAAUGGCCGCCUCGCCGCGCUCUUCCCCGCCGUGAUCGUGUCGGCGUACUUGAGUCUGCUGUCAUUCUACCUAGGAUGGCCGCUCAUGGGCUUCUUCCUCAUCGUGGGCGCUCACACGAUCCAGCAGCGGUUCCCCCAGAUCUUUGGCGACGCCUUCCGCCACUUCGUGACCGCUUUCAUCCUCGUGUCGUUUGUGUUUUUCACAUCUUCAUUCGUCGUCGGCACGUUCGUCACGGGCGGCGACUUUGAAGUUCUGCCGCCCCGUAUCGGCCAGCCUAUCCAGGUGCCCCGCGUCGAAACGUGGGGCCAUAUCCCGCGCUACGCCGUGUGCAAUUUGAACCAGUCGGGGCUGAGUAUCGUAGACUUUAUCCUGCUCGCAGAUGCAGCGUAUGGCCGCAACACGAGUCUGCAGACGCAAAUGCUGCAUGAACGCUUCGAUGGCACGGGUUUGCACCGGUGGAACUUUACCGACGCUAGCGACCCCCAUCUGGACCACCAACAGUGGUUCCAAGUAGACUUUGCAGAUAUCAACACGACCGUGGUGGCGAUUCGGGGCACGGCGUCGGCGGCGGACGCGCUCGAAGACAUGCACUACUGGUUUGGCAUCUCCAUCAUGCAAGCCGCCAACAUCUUUGUGCCGUUCUUGAGCCAACUGCCCCAGGACUUUGUCGUGCAGUUGCUUAGUAUGAACCUCCUGGAACAGGUCACGCCGCCCCCCGUCUAUACCAAGCUCAUGCACAAGGUCACGGACCUGCGCAAUGCCGGCAAACAUGUGAUUCUCACGGGGCAUUCGCUCGGCGGCGCCAUGGCCGCCAUGGUCGGCGCCAAGACGCGGACCCCCGCAGUGUCGUUUUCAGGACCUGGGUUGGUGUAUACUCGGGGGAGGUUCCACUUGGAUGAAGCCGACAUCCGCGACUACGUCAUGACGAUUAAGCCCGUGACGGAUAUCGUCCCCCGCGUCGACGUCCUCGGCGGUAUGGUGCAGGAGAUCGAGUGCCGUAAAACUAACCCCCUCGCAUGCCAUGGGUCUUCUACCCACGCCUGUGAACUGUACAUGACAUGCGGAGAUAAGCGGAACCGCGACUGGACCCAAGCGGCGCAAUGUGCUUCGUAUAUGCACCAGCAACCUCAACCCACAACAACCCAACUCACAACCGAACUUUAACGGGAAAAUGUAUUGUUUCGGUUUGUGGCGUGGUUUCUGGUUGAAAUUUAAAUCGAUUUGAUUGGCUACCUCAGAUGCGCUCAAAAUUAUUAGCCAAUUAAAACCUUCUCA